AGGCUUUCUCAGUGCACACACUGCGCAUGCUCCGAGUUUCGCGUCGCUGCUUUCUGUCCCGUGUGAGCCGCCGUACAGCAGCAGUUGUCAUGGCAGCGAAUGCUUCUGUCUGGUAACUCGGCCUAGUCGCUUCAGCAAACCGGGGACCUGGCACCAUGUCUUACCGGGACCUACGGAAUUUCACAGAAAUGAUGCGGGCGCUCGGUUACCCCCGCCUCAUCUCCAUGGAGAAUUUCCGUAGUCCCAACUUUCUUCUGGUCUCGGAAGUUCUUAUUUGGUUGGCUAAAAGGUAUGAGCCUCAGUUGGUUAUCCCUGUGGAUGUGGACACAGAACAAGACCGAGUGUUCUUCAUUAAGGCAGUAGCAGAGUUUAUGGCCACUAAGGCUCACAUUAAGCUGAACACCAAGAAGCUGUACCAGGCGGAUGGGAACUCUGUAAAGGAGCUACUGAAAGUCACCAAUGUGCUCUACAAUGCUAUGAAAACCAAAGGCCUUGAAAGCAUCCAGAUUGGGGACGAAGACAUAGCCACAUUCAAGUUUGACCUUGGAACGAAAAUUACUGACUUGAAAAUGGCCAGACAGCUUGCAUCUGAAAUCACCUCCAAAGGAGCUUCGCUGUAUGACAUCCUGGGCAAGGAGGCUGACCUGAGAGAAUUGAGAACAGCCGCUAUUGCCCGUCCUCUGGAGAUAAAUGAAACUGAAAAAGUACUAAGGCUGUCCAUCAAAGAAGUCUUGGAGCAAUGUCAGAAGAUGAGGGACUUCCUGACUAAUGGGGCAUCUGAUGAGGUGAACCUGGACUCCAAAAUUGAGAAACGCAGAAAGGAGCUGGAGAGGAAUCGAGCGAGACUUCAGACUCUGCAGAGCGUGAGGCCAGCUUUCAUGGAUGAAUAUGAGAAGCUGGAGGAAGAGCUUCAGAAGCAGUACGAGAUCUACAUGGACAAGUAUCGCAAUCUCUGCUACCUGGAACAGCAGCUGGAGGACCACCACCGGGUAGAGCAGGAACGCUUUGAGGAGGCAGAGAACACACUGAGACUGAUGCAGAACAAGCUGAGAGAGGAGGAGAACCGGCUGCAGAAGGCAGGAAACAGCAACGAGGACUCAGACAGUGAGAUCCAGGAGGAUGAUGGCUCUGAUGAUACAGAGGAUGAGGAACGGAGACCUGGAAAGCUGCCAAUCGGACGUGGCAUUCCCAUACAGGGGAGGGGCGGCCAUAUUGUGGGUACAAUGAUUGGAGGAGACAGCGAUGAGGCGGGAGCCAGUCCUGCCAUCAUAAGUAGCUCGGAAGCUCUCGGAGGCCAUCAGCAGGAUGCAUUGGAUGAUAGCGAGAUGGAUGUGGAUGACGAAGAUGAUGAUGAAGAUGAGGAGGAGGAGGCGACUAUCAUGAGGGCGAGAGGGCCUGGCCGAAGCUUGCGCAAACCCAGCCGACGAGUGCAACAAACGGAGUCAUUUGUGGAGAGUGACAAUGACUUCUAGGCAUAGUGCCUAAUGGAAUCUGCCUCUGUCUGUCCCAUCACCUAUCAGCAGUGGACCAGGCUUGGCACCCUGUAACACUUUCCAUGACUUCCCUAUGCUGUGCCUGAAACAGUCACCCACCUCACUUACAUUCCUCAGAUACAUUCCUCCUCUUUCCCUAUUUCCAAAUCACUGUUACAAAUGUAUCCACGUAUCAUAGCCUAUAUUUAUUAUUGCCAUCUUUUACGUAUUGUUUAAAAAAAAAAAAUCAAAGAUUAACAAAUAAAAAAUAAAUCUUAUAAUGGUAA